CCGUGCCCAGAAUGGCCGAGAUGGCAUCUUCAUAUAUUCAGGCCCAUGUCAGGCUAUCUAACUGGAAUGAUGAAUUGGAGUUUUUAGGGUUCAUCCUUGCAGAGCUUACUGACCCUCCAGGCCUGGAAGCACACAGGUUUCCAUGGCAUCAAGCUGCAGAUCUUCCUGCCCUCGUCGACAUACUCGAGCACCAGUGUACGCAGCCAGAUGGAAUACUGGAAGGACUGCUGUUGGCGAAACAGCGGAAAAGGCUACGCAACUGGCUUCUAAAGUCGAAGCAAAUUCGAAAUGCUGUAGCCCACCACCAGAGGCCGAGUAGGGCUGAGAUGCGAGCCAUGCAGACAGUGAGAGAUGAGCUAGGGAAGCUGCUUGAAACUACGAUCAGAACUGUAGCUGCAUCUCGUGGUGUCCGCGAGAUUCGGUGGUGUCCUUAUCCCCCUGCCUCGAGUGUAUGGAAUGAAAACCUGUCAUAUACUACAGAGGGCAUUAUUCUUUCCUGCGGAAGUGCACCGUUACUAUCUCAGCGGGAGAGGAUAUUGGACUCUCUUUACCAUCCUUCGUCGCAGGCUCACUCUAAGCACAAGCACAAGCACAAGCACAAGCACAAGCACAAGCACAGGGCAACGGCCAAAGACCGCGAAGAGCACUCCGUAAUAUUUAUUGGGGCUGUGAAUCGCAAGGUCGAGAGAAGACGGCAGAUCAAAGAGAAGGAAAAAGAGGCCAGGCUUCGACAGCUACAUAGGCUGGACCAGAACUAUCGCCAAAUGCGGCAGCUCAGACUGAGGCAGCUUAAUCGGCUCUACAGUCUCAUGAAGUAUGAAGAGAGGGAGUGGAGAGUGCAGCGAGCAGCUCUACUAGAAGAUGCCUCUAUUCCAUUUCCAGCAGUGGAUAAUGCAGUAUUCGUGAUUAUUGUCCUCAGCUCCCCCUUGUGGUUGUUAUAUUCGAUGGUUCGCACGGUUUAUAACAGAUGGAGAAUGCGUAGCUCGUGAGAAUCCAGAAUUUUGGUAUGUCUGAUCUUUCACUUACAUAUUUUGGAGAUAGCCAAAGCCAGGGGGUAAAGUAUUGUGGAGUGGUAGGUAGUAAUGUCUUGAAUGAGCAGGCUAGUAUAGUCAAAAUAUGUUCCUACGAUUCUCCAGUCCGGGAAAUGCUGAAACCACAGAAUCCCUUAUUGUACAUUCUGCCCGUCGA